UCAUACCACAUCAUAAUCAAAAAUGUCCCUACAUCUUACAACCCCAGCUCAAUAUGCACCAACUCAGACAUUGAAACAAACAUCAGACUCAAGCCAGGCACCAUUACCAAAGCAAAAUGGAUCAAACUGAUAGCCAGACACAAGGCAAUGAAGGAAUCAACUACUAAGCUAUGGCACUACAAGGGAUGCCAAGUCAGAGUAUAUGUGUGGUCGUCUCAGCUCUGCCUAGGCUGCUAUACUUUGCAAAGGCAAGUGCAUUCAACCCAAGGGGAAGCGAGUGCAACACAUCCACAGGUUGUGUGA